UUCUCCAUUUUGCUCUGAAGGAGACUUCAUUGUGGCCCCUGCCUGUCCCUUAUGUCCCACACUCCCUGCCACGCGGGAUGUGUGGGAACAGGUAGAAAUCCUUGGGGUGAGGAGGCCUGGAGGUGGGGGACUCCUUCUGCCUGAGACUCGAGUCUGCACUCCGAGACCCCCGGAAGUAUGGGGAAGCGUCAGCUGCCAGCCCCGAGUAGGGUGUGUGCUUGGUGACCGCGGCAAAUACCUCCGACGAGCUGGCGAGGAUCGACGGGGCGGGACCAACAUCAGACUCGACACAACCAGGUGGCGGCGAGGCCCGGCGUCGCGGGACUGCAGACGCGUAUCCUGUACACUUGCUCCCAUGAGCGGCCGAGUCGGGAACCUGAGCUCCCAGCAGCAGGAGGCGCUGGCCAGGGGUCCCAGGUAGGGCUGACUGGCAGCCUGGAGGGAAGGGUCAGGGACCCAGGGGCCCUGGGAUCCCAUCUGACCAUCACCUCCCCACGCCCAGUUCCGGGAGAACCUCCAGGACCUGAUGCCCACCCUGCCCAAAGCUGAUGACUACUUCCUCCUGCGCUGGCUGCGAGCCCGAGACUUUGACCUGCAGAAGUCUGAGGACAUGUUCCGGAAGCAUGUGGAGUUCCGGAAGCAACAGGACCUGGACAACAUCCUCACGUGGCAGCCCUCAGAGGUGAUCCAGCUGUAUGACUCAGGGGGCCUUUGUGGCUAUGACUACGAUGGUUGUCCCGUGUGGUUCGACAUCAUCGGGACCCUUGACCCCAAGGGCCUGCUCCUGUCGGCCUCCAAGCAGGAGCUGAUUCGGAAGCGCGUCCGGGCCUGUGAGCUCCUCGUGAGGGAGUGUGAGCUGCAGAGUCAGAAGCUGGGCAGGAAGAUUGAAACGGUGCUGAUGGUCUUUGACAUGGAGGGGCUGAGCCUGAAACACCUGUGGAAGCCGGCUGUGGAAGUCUACCAGCAGUUUUUUGCCAUCCUGGAAGCAAAUUAUCCUGAGACACUGAAGAGUUUAAUUGUUGUGCGAGCCCCCAGACUCUUCCCUGUGGCCUUCAACCUGGUGAAGUCAUUCAUGAGUGAGGAGACACGCAGGAAGGUAGUCAUUCUGGGAGUCAACUGGAAGCAGGAGCUGCCACAGUUCAUCAGCCCAGACCAGCUGCCUGUGGAGUUUGGGGGGACGAUGACUGACCCUGAUGGCAACCCCAAGUGCCUGACCAAGAUCAACUACGGGGGCGAGGUGCCCAAGACCUACUACCUGCGCCAGCAGGUGAGGGUGCAGUACGAGCACACAGUGUCCGUGGGCCGUGGCUCCUCCCUGCAGGUGGAGAACGAGAUCCUGUUCCCAGGCUGCGUGCUCAGGUGGCAGUUUGUAUCAGAUGGGGGGGACAUCGGCUUUGGGGUGUUCCUGAAGACCAAGAUGGGGGAGCGGCAGCGGGCAGGCGAGAUGACGGAGGUGCUGCCCAGCCAGCGCUACAAUGCCCACCUGGUACCUGAGGACGGGAGCCUCCCCUGCUUGGAAGCUGGCGUCUAUGUCCUGAGAUUCGACAACACCUACAGCCUGAUAUACGCCAAGAAGGUCAGCUACACCGUCGAGGUGCUUCUCCCCGACAGGGCCUCCGAGGAGAAGAUCCAGGGUCUCCAGGCGACGAGACCCACCCCUGCACAAUGAAGAUGCACCCACCGCUAUGCCUGAGUCCCUGACCCCCUUAGCAGCCUCUCCCUGCUCCCUGUAGGGCUGAAGGUGGUCGUGGUGAGCCACCUGCCCCGCAAGGCCAUCCCUACUUGCCAUGGGUCCAAAUGGCACAUUGGCCAAGCAGGAAGGGGACAGCCGGGGUGCAGCCACUCUGUGCAUUCAAUGCAGGCACCCAUCCCCACUGAGGAAGGGUCCCUUCUGCAGAAGCCACCGUUAUGUCCCUCCUGAGAGGGUCCACUCAGCACAGGACUCACCCAUGCCUGGUGGCCCCGGGGGUGGGGGGGUGCGGGGAAGCAGGGAGGGGCAGGGCCAGCUGGAAGCAUCUGGAUGGAGGGAUAGGGCAGGGGUACAGUUCCCAGUUCCCCUCCAGGUUGCCCACCCACCUUUGCUGGGAAAUCAGAAAUCAAAAGGCAGGACUCUUACCCAGAGCCGAGUCGGUAGAGACAGCAUCUCUGGUGAAUUCCUAGCAACCCACCAUUCAGCUCGGGUCCCCUCUGGCUCUGAGUGAAGGCCAGGACCAAAGCAGAGGGGUGCUGGGAUACAAAAAGUGGGGCUGUCAUCCCAGGCUCCUCCUCCUGGGCUCUGACUUGAUUUUUGGAGAAACAUCAAGCUUUUCCUCUAUCUCUAUGUCUUGCCAAGGGGGCAGCUGAUGGUCAGCUGCCAAUCACCCACUUGAGACCCCAGUGGCCAGCCAGUGAUGGCUUCUGCAUGUGAUUUCUUCAAGGGCAAGUCCACCCAGUGCUCCCAGACCAGAGAGGGACUGCCCAGGAAAAAGCAGAGGAAGCCACAGGGCUGGAGCCGGGCAUGGCUCUGUCGGUUGACUCCUGUUGGCACCAAAGCCAUCAGCUGGGGCCCCGGAGCCCAGCCAGUGCUGCUCUAUCCCCUCCCCACCCUGCCCCCAGCCCUCUGGCUGGGCCACACAUAGCUCAGAAGACCUGAGUAGGAUGCCCCUACUCUCCUAGUUUGUCCUUCUGUACUGCCUUUCCUACCUCCUAGGCAAUGUCCCUGGGAGUGGGUGAUCUGACGUCCCUGUAAAAGGGGUCCUGGCUGCAAAGCAUUAGCAUCCGGGCUACUGAAGCCUCUCCCAGAGACCCAUAGCCUUAGCAAAUGCCACCUGCCCAGGUGCUUUGAGAAUCUCAGAAUCUGUGAUUUCAUUUUCUCCACUAAAUAAGAGGUUUCUCAAUUAGCCAGGACCUAUUUAAGGGGAGAAAAAGAUGAGACUGAGAAGCUGAGGGGUUUCAGGUGGACUGUGUGAGGUCUUGGGGGACUGGGAGGGCUCCAAGCCCCCUCCAGCUGGGGCAGCUGCACCGUUCACAGCUUAACGUACUCUGCUCCCACCUGGAUACUGUCUGAAUGGGGAAUGGAGGUGGGAAAUAGGAAAGGGUGGGAGUCUCUGCUGCUAUAAGCAAACUAAACUGAACCCCAAAACCCAGAGCCUUGAGGUGCUCUGGUCUGACAGAGAGAUCGAGUGGUUUGGGAAGAAAAAAACUCCUCUCCUGGCUCCAAGGAGGCCACCUGGGGCUGUUGGGCAAGUGUCAUGGGGCAUCCCUGUGUCCUGAGGCGGUUCUUGCUCCCCAGCUGCUCAGGACAGCUGCCUCUGCCCCUGACGCACUGUGUAACCACCAUCCUGGAAGCCUCCCCAGGUGCAGUGAUACCUGGAGCCCCAUCCCCACCUGGGCACCUGGGCUCCCCGGGGACCUGGAACCACUGCCCUUGUCCAGCUGCAGAGGGCGUGGCUGACUGGGGUUGACCCCUGUGCUAGGUUCUGCUGGGCCCACCCAUGGUCAUGACAAGUCCCCCAGGCCCCCAACCCUUGCCUAAAAACAAGAGGUCUGUGCACUUGAACCCUGACCCUUGCCCUUUUAACUGCCCACAGCCAAUUUCCCGCCAUCAGCACAGCCUCAUCUGGUUUCCUUGUAGGUAGUGAAGAUCAUUUUGCCCCAUGCAUCAGGGUCUCCCAAGGCUCUGGGAAUUUACCCAAAUCCAGGCCACUUGGGAGUGGGGUCCGGUGGGGGCAGCAGCAACUCCGAGUCCUAGAGCCGGCGAAGGAUCUGAGGGUUGACCAGGUGCAGACAAGCCUUCCAGACUGAUGAAUGAGUUAUGGGCAUGGCAUGGGAGUCGAGAUCCAAGGAAAGCCGGGAGAGCUCUCCUGGCCUUGGGGGACACUGCUAGUGACUCACGGAUGUUAGCUGUCUCUUUGUGAACAAUUGUGAACUCAUUAGUCUUCAGUAAAACCAUUUUAUGACUCAGGUUACA